GCGAGCCGCGGGGCCGCUGCCGUGACGGGGGCCGCGGUUCCGCCAUUGGCCGAGGAGGCUUGAGGGACGGGCCGGCGCGCUGCCCACGGAGAGACCGGAGCGGGUGGCCCCGAGAGAACGAGGGCCAUGGAGACCAACGUGCCGAAGCGGAAGGAGCCCGGCAGGUCCCUGCGCAUCAAAGUCAUCUCCAUGGGCAACGCCGAAGUGGGGAAAAGCUGUAUCAUAAAGCGAUACUGUGAGAAGAGAUUUGUGUCUAAAUACCUGGCAACCAUUGGAAUUGACUAUGGAGUCACAAAGGUGCAAGUCAGAGACAGAGAAAUCAAAGUUAACAUCUUUGACAUGGCCGGACAUCCCUUCUUCUACGAGGUCCGGAACGAGUUUUACAAGGACACGCAGGGGGUGAUCCUGGUCUACGACGUGGGGCAGAAGGACUCCUUUGAGGCCCUUGAUGCGUGGCUGGCAGAGAUGAAGCAAGAGCUCGGGCCUCAUGGAAACAUGGACAAUAUUAUAUUUGUAGUGUGUGCCAACAAGAUCGACUGUGCCAAGCACCGCUGUGUAGAUGAAGGUGAAGGGCGUCUUUGGGCUGAAAGCAAAGGGUUCCUGUACUUUGAAACUUCGGCACAAACUGGAGAAGGAAUCAAUGAGAUGUUCCAGACCUUCUAUGUAUCCAUAGUUGAUUUAUGUGAAAAUGGCGGGAAACGUCCUACCACGAAUAGCAGCGCUAGUUUCACCAAAGAGCAAGCAGACACCAUUCGCAGAAUUCGAAGUAGUAAAGACAGUUGGGACAUGCUGGGAGUCAAGCCUGGGGCCUCAAGGGACGAAGUCAACAAGGCGUACCGGAAGCUGGCUGUGCUGCUCCACCCCGACAAGUGCGUGGCGCCCGGCAGCGAGGACGCCUUCAAAGCGGUGGUGAACGCCCGGACCGCCCUCCUGAAGAACAUCAAGUAGCAGGCGGGCACCGCGGGGUGCGCCUGGCCAGCCCUGGGCGCCGCGUGCCCCUCCUGCACGCUUCCGGAGAGCGGCGGGCAGAGCAGCGCUCGGGCACGCGUCCCGGCAUCGUAACACGCAGUGCGACUCCACUCUUGGCCUUGCAGGCUCUGGGACUGCAGCACCCGGUAGGCGCCUGGGGCGGCCUGGCAGGCAAGCUGCUUCUGUCGCAGUGCGUUCUUGGGGGGACUGUAGCCAUCAGUCUGUCAUUAGCGCAUUCCCGGCCGCCCUUGGGAAGUGAGGCCAGACCCAUCCCGCUGUCCCUUUGACCACCCCAGGGAGGCAAGCCAGUCUGGAGAGCACCUGCCCCUGGGGACCGGCAGCAGCGCCCGGACGGGAGUCUGCGGGUCACCCCUAGGGGUGGUGCACACCCUGUCACGGAGAGGCCAGCCUGGCGCGGCCGCGGGUGCGCUCUGACAGCCCAAUCCCCCCAGGCUUGUCACUCGUUCUGCAUCAUUGGCUACCGGGGGAGGAGGCGGCCGGGCGCUUCCCAAGCCACCCUCUUGUUUCUCACCGUUAGCUCCCUGUUUCUCUCUGCCUCUUCCCUGCUUGCUGUGUCACAUGCCCCCUCUCGUCCGUGUCGUUGAAUCCCUGGUUUCUUGCCAUGGUCUGGGCUCCCAGUUGCUAAUGAGGAAUGUUCUUAAACUGUAGCCCGCGGGAAAGAGGUUCCCUGAGAGACACGCGGUUUCUGGCCGCGCCUCCUCCUCGGCAUAUAGGGGUAGCUGGAGAGCGGGGUCGGGCCUGGUGAUUCUCGCUGCACUACAGGGCACCUCUGGCCGGUUAGCAUCUUACGUCUUUGCUCUCCUUACGUGACCUGUGUUUUUAGCUGUAACCAAACUGCACUAACUGGGCUUGCAAGCACAUACGGUGUUACAGUGCCGUGAGUUUUUAACAGCCAGCCUAUGCUGAUUUCAGAUGGGUGCACCUGGCUCUAAGAACAGAAGCCGCCUCCUUGGGGUCCGCGCGCACUGGGAGCCCAUGGGGCUCUCGCCUCUCCCAGAGCAGCUUCGCUUUGCACGGCUGUGCUCGGGCUGCACUGCACUUGCUGCCAGGAACAGGGAGCAUCCAUCUCAUGGAACCAAAAAUGCUUUUGUUGGAUGCCCUGAGAUCUGAUCUGUGACUCCUUGUGGGAUUUCCCUCUGGCCUCAUAACGAGCUUCUGGGUCUGUGGGACUCCAAGCCCAGGUUGCUUGGAACCGAACUUUUGCUCACAGCGCUCGGCAUGCCUCAAACACAGAUCUGUUCUUGGAACACAAGGCCAGAGGGAUCAGGGAUGGUGAUGACAGCCCAACCUGACGUGACAACACACUGAGUACGUGACCGUGUAAGCCUGGUGCCGUUCGUACUGUUAUUAAAUAUAGGGGGGCCUCAGAAGGUCAUGGAAAAUGUGUAUUGUCUGCAAAUUCCCCUUUUCCGUGAACUUUUUGAAGCCCCUCCUACUGAUCACCGCAUUCACCCACCUGAGCAGAUGAACGCCAAGCAGGCUCCCGGGCCCCGCCCUCGUCCUCCGGGUGGGUGCGCGGGGGUCUUAGGCCCUGGGACGCCACACCUUCACGACUGCUGUAAAGGAGGGCUACAUCCAGCUUCAUUAUGCAAGAGGAGUAGGAGUUAAAACAUUCAGCUUCAGGGGCGUGGAGUUCUCAUUUCCAUAAUCCUUAAAAGACAGAAUAUUAAGAAAUAGCAAAGCAUGGUUUGCAAGAGAAAUUGUCCCAGUACUAACUUCAUGCAAAACUUUACAGGUCUCUAUGCAUUAACUUAAAUUCUUGGUGCAAAACAUGGACAUUGUAGUUCAACCUGAUUAAAACUUCUGCCAAUUGGGAUUUCAAAAUAUGUCAGUGAAAGAAUCAACUAGCAGAAUAAUUUCAGUGACUGAAACAACUUUUAUAGAGAAUCUUGCUUUAAAAACACAAUGAAAAAUUUUGAGCAGCAAUUAUUUAAAAGCAGCAGCAGCAGCCACGUCUUCCAUAUGGCGAGUCGCCAGGAAGUGACAGGUUUUCGACGUGUUGGAAGUCCUGGAGGCCUUUCCCAUUGCCGGCCCAGCCCACCCGAGCACUUUACAACGCACCCUCCUUCUGUUUCUUCCUUUUUGUGCCUUCUUUUGAAUUGACGUCUCAGCUGUCAGUGUUCUGUUUACGUUAGCAUUGUCGUACUUUUUCACGUAAGUGUGUACUUGGUUUUGUGAGCCUGGACACUGAGAAGUGCAGACCUGAGGUGUCCCUGUGUCGCCACCCACGACGAGUCGCUGUCAUUCUGCAGAUUGCACGCCAUUCUUCAAGUCUUAGUUAACCUCAGGACACUUAACUCUAGUGUGAUCUCAUGUAUUGAAUUCUCCACUGGUAAUAUUUCUGUCUGCCUACCAACUAGUUCCUAAUGAGCCAUAGAAGAGGGAGGCUGACGGACAGCCAGAGUCACAGCAGCCAGCACAAGCUCUGAGUCGGUCAACAAGUAGCUGUCCCUCGUAGAGGGCCCUCGGGGGCUCCGGGUAGAAGGGGGACGGGCAGCCAGGAGCAGGUGGCCUUUUGAGCGACAGCGCUGUCCCACAGGAGUGCCAAUGCUCCUGCCCCUGCACCCCUCAAGCUCACUCUGAGUCUACUGAUGCUUUUGUGAAACUCUUGAAAAUGAAUUUAGCUGCAAGACAGAGCGAACCACCUUCCACUGUCAGCUUUGCAAAGCCAAGCGUGGCCCAUAUGUCUCAGAACUGGUAUUUAGCACAAUUGUAGGCACAGGUAACACUGUUUAUGCGUUGUUUUCCAUGAAGCAUUUCCAGACGACAAACGCUUACUCGUGUGUGUGGGUUGUGAGACUGUGUCCGACAAGCAGUGCAAUAGAGGCCCUGCGGGCGAGGUGGCUUUGUUGGAAAGUCUUGGCCUGGGCUGGCUUCCCACGGUGGCUGCUCCCUGGGCAUCCCUCCCCUUUGACUGAAUGCAGAGUCUGUUAAACAAACAAAAAAACCCUUUGCUCUUACAAGGUAAUUUACAUAUUUGCUUUCUUUGGAAAUAACUGAAAAUGUUAAAUCUACCACUUGUUUAUGUCUUAUAUACAGAGUGUCAUAUGUAUUUAAGUUGUGUAUUUUUAUAAAGUAAAGCCAAAUAU